AAAAAACUGGAAGCUGACAUAGCCCAGUGCCAGGCAGAGGUGGAGAAGUCUAUCCAGGAGUCCAAAAAUGCAGAGGAGAAGGCCAAGAAGGAUGUCACGGAUGCGACCAUGAUGACCGAGGAGCUGACAGAGAUGGAGCAGGACACCAGCGCCCACCUGGAGCGGAUGAAGAAGAACCUGGAGCAGACGGUGAGGGACCUGCAGCACCGCCUGGACGAGGCUGAGCAGCUGGCCCUGAAGGGUGGCAAGAAGCACAUCCAGAAGCUGGAGGCCAGGGUACGUGAGCUUGAAGGAGAGGUUGAAAGUGAGCAGAAACGUAAUGCUGAGGCUGUUAAAGGUUUGCGGAAACACGAGAGAAGAGUAAAGGAACUCACCUACCAGACUGAGGAAGACCACAAGAAUGUUCUCAGGCUGCAAGACCUGGUAGAUAAAUUACAGGCAAAGGUGAAAUCAUACAAGAGACAAGCUGAGGAGGCUGAGGAACAAUCCAAUGCUAAUCUUGCCAAAUUCCGCAAGCUCCAGCACGAGCUGGAGGAGGCCGAGGAACAGGCUGACAUUGCCGAGUCCCAGGUCAACAAGCUGAGGGUGAAGAGCCGGGAGAUUCACACACAAGUCAGUGCAGAGUGAACACAUCUGCCUGAUGCUGCCAAGGGGCUGAAGAAA